AUGGAACGCGACGAAACAGACAAGGCCGUUCAAGGAGACGAAGAACGCGUACCCUUCGACGUAGUGCCUAAUCCAGAUGCACAAGUCGACCAAGGAGCAGAUGAAAAAGCAGUGCGACAUUCAAGAGACAGCGAUACAGAUGAGCAGGCUAGACCAGGGUCCAAGGAUGAAGAGAGUGGAAUCACAGCCGAAGGCGACGAAGGCGCUCAUGACAAGGAGUUCGAAGUCACCUGGGACGGCGACGACGACCCCAUGAAUCCCAGAAGCAUGGCCUACGCACGAAAGUGGAUAAUUGUCGUAAUCGUAUCUGCCAGCUCACUAUGCGUAACAUGCACCUCUGCACUCUACACAUCAACUUAUGGGCAAUUGGAACCAGAGUUUGGCUGUUCAAGGAUUGUCGCGACUCUUGGACUAUCCUUGUUUGUCGUAGGAUUAGGUCUCGGGCCAAUGGUUAUGUCGCCACUUUCAGAAUUUUAUGGGAGAAGACCCAUCUACAUCGCCUCCUACACUUUCUUCUUGAUCUGGCUGAUUCCAUGCGCCGUGGCACAAAACAUCCAAACAAUGUUGGUGGCACGUUUCUUCGACGGACUUGCUGGUAGUGCCUUUCUUAGUGUAGCAGGAGGAACCGUUGGAGAUCUGUUCCCCAAAGCCCAGCUCUCUCUACCAAUGGCAUUUUAUACAGCGGCUCCGUUCGUUGGCCCCGAGAUUGGACCUAUCGUGGGUGGGUUCAUUAAUUACUACACUGACUGGCGAUGGACCUUUUACGUCCUGCUCAUCUGGUCAGGCGGCAUGUUGGCAGCUAUCAUAUUCCUUGUGCCUGAGACUUACCACCCCGUCCUUCUGCGCAGAAAAGCCAUCAAGCUCAGAAAGGAUACGGGCAAUUCAGCCUGGCGAGCACCGAUCGAAAACAUGAACAAAUCGGUCUUUCGGACCGUUGCAUGGAGCUGUGUCAGACCAUUCCAGCUGCUUUUCCUCGAAGCGAUGUGCCUGAGUCUGUGUAUCCUCUCGGCCAUUCUUCUCGGCAUUCUAUACUUGUUCUUCGGAGCUUUCCCCCUCGUUUUUGAGAACAAUCACGGAUUUGUAUUAUGGCAGACCGGACUUACAUUUAUAGGUAUCUUUGUUGGUAUGAUCACAGGUGUCAGCUGCGAUCCUAUUUGGCGGAGAAAUUAUGUUCGUCUGGUAAACAAGAAUGGAGGCGUUUCUGAGCCCGAGUUCCGUCUACCACCAACAAUUCUCGGUGCGAUCUUGGUUCCAAUCGGCCUUUUCGGUUUCGGCUGGACGACUUAUUCCUCGGUACAUUGGAUCGUUCCCAUUGUCUUCAGUGGCAUCUUUGGUCUUGGAAACAUCUUCGUCUUUAGUGGCGUCUUUACGUUCCUUGUAGAAUGCUACCCCUUGUAUGCCGCGAGCGCGCUGGCAGCCAACAGUUUUGCUCGUUCAAGCUUUGCUGCAGCGUUCCCUCUCUUUGGUCAGUCUGAGAUAUCACAUCACGAGCUGGGAUACCAAUGGGCGUCGUCAUUACUGGCCUUCUUAGCCCUUGCCAUGGCACCAUUUCCGUACCUAUUUUUCAAAUAUGGCAAGCGACUUCGCAAGAAUUCCAAGUUUGCGCAGUCAUGA